AUGGGUCGCGUGCACCAUGUCAAUGUGGUUCGCUUGGUUGGCUUUUGUGCUGGUGGGUUUAUACGAGCUCUUGUGUAUGAAUUCUUACCAAAUGGCUCAUUACAAAACUUUUUAUCAUCAGCAGAUAAUAAAAGUUCUUUCCCUGGUUGGGAUAUGUUGCAAGAUAUUGUUUUAGGUAUUGCCAUAGGAAUUGAGUAUCUUCACCAAGGGUGUGACCACCGAAUCCUCCAUUUCGACAUCAAACCCCAUAACAUUUUGCUGAACCAGAAUUUCACUCCGAAAGUUUCCGAUUUUGGUCUAGCCAAGUUAUGCGCAAGGGAUCAAAGCGCAAUAUCCAUGACAACCGUCAGGGGGACCAUGGGCUACAUUGCACCCGAAGUGUUCUCUAGGAACUUCGGUAGCGUGUCCUACAAGUCAGAUGUCUAUAGUUUCGGGAUGAUGUUGCUGGAAAUGGUUGGUGGCAGAAAAAACUUUAAGGUCAUGGAGGACUCCACCAGCCAAGUCUACUUCCCGGAAUGGAUUUAUAACCUUUUAGAACAAGGGGACGACCUAAGGAUCCAUAUUGAGGAUGAAGGAGACGCUAAAAUUGCAAAGAAACUUGCCAUCGUGGGUCUAUGGUGCGUCCAAUGGCACCCAAUAGAUCGUCCUCCAAUGAAAGUUGUAGUUCAAAUGUUAGAAAGAGAAGGUGACAAUCUAACCAUACCACCCAAUCCUUUCUGCUCUACUUUGAAUUGA